AUGAAGUUCUCCUUGGUGACAUUGGCAACCCUGGCCGGGGUUGCUGUUGCCGAUUUGGAUCCUAUCGUCAUCAAGGGCUCCAAGUUCUUCUAUUCCAGCAAUGACACUCAGUUCUUUAUGCGUGGAGUUGCCUACCAAAAAGAAAGUACCGGUAGCAGUAGCUACACUGACCCUCUAGCCGAUCCUGUCGCUUGUGCGCGUGAUGUUCCUAUCAUGGCCGAGUUACGUACCAACGUUAUCCGUACCUACGCCAUUAACGCCUCUGCUGAUCACUCGGCAUGCAUGAAGCUCCUGGCGGACGCUGGUAUUUACGUGAUCUCCGAUCUGUCCGAACCCACGCUAUCAAUUGAUCGAAGUGAUCCUUCAUGGGAAACCGAUCUCUUCGCCCGAUACACCAGUGUUAUCGACGAACUAGCCCAGUAUAACAAUACGAUUGGUUUCUUCGCUGGAAAUGAGGUUUCCAACACCGUUGAUACCUCUGACGCCAGCGCGUUCGUCAAGGCUGCUGUUCGGGACACCAAGAAGUACAUUAAGAAGAAGGGUUACCGCCCCAUGGGUGUUGGAUAUGCUACCGCCGAUGUGUCCGAUAUCCGUGCAAACAUGGCCGACUACUUCGACUGCGGAGACUCUGACGAUAUUAUUGACUUCUGGGGAUACAACAUCUACUCGUGGUGCGGUGAAUCCACCUACUCGAAAUCUAAAUACCAGGAUCGCACCGAGGAGUUCGCCAACUACGCCGUCCCUGUUUUCUUUGCCGAGUACGGUUGCAACGAGGUUCAGCCCCGCAAGUUCACCGAGGUGAAGGCCCUGUAUGGUGAUACUAUGGCUGAGGUCUGGUCCGGUGGUAUUGUGUACAUGUACUUCCAGGAGGCCAACAACUACGGUUUGGUUUCCGUCGUCGACAGCACCAGUGUCAGCACCAUGUCCGACUUCAAAUACUAUUCCAGCCAGAUCGCCAAAGUCAACCCCACUGGUGUCAAGAAGGCCUCCUACACCCCUACUAACACUGCCCUGCGAAGCUGCCCUACCGUCGGAUCCAAGUGGGCCGCCGAAGCCUCCCCUCUGCCCCCUGUCGCCGAUAUCCAGCUGUGUGAGUGCAUGUAUGAUGCCUCCGCCUGCGUUGUCACCGAAUCCCUCGACUCCAAGAGAUACGCCAAGCUGUUCAGUACUGUCUGCGGUUCCACCGAUUGCAGCGGAUUGACAGCCAAUGCCACUACCGGCGAGUACGGUGCUUACAGCAUGUGCUCGACCAAGCAGCAGCUUGCCUUUGCUCUGAACAAGUACUACGUUGAGCAGAACCGGGCUGACGAUGCUUGCAAGUUCGCUGGAUCUGCAACUGUCAAGCCCGUCACCAAGGCCACUGGCAUUUGUGCUACACAGAUGAAGGAGGCUGGAACUGCCGGUGUUGGAACUGUUACUACUGAGAACACUGGCACUGGUGGCUCUAGCUCUGGCUCUAACUCUGCUUCCUCAUCCGCCUCGGCGACUACAUCUAGCAGCGGUGCUAUCAGCAUGCACUCCAGCUCAUCCUUCGGUUCUUUCCAGGUGGUUGUUUACAUUGCUACCGCACUCCUGGCGGGUGUUGGAAUGAUUGCUCUGUAA